AUGGAGAUUGAAGACACUUCCAGAAAACAGAGAUACUUAUUGAAAAGAUGGAUGAAAGUUAUGAUGAAUAAUGGAUUCCGUCCGAGAAAACCAUAUCCAAUUUUCAGGAACAAAUCAAUAAUCCGCUCAUCAUCGAGCGGAUCAUAUCCGUAUCCUCGAACACAUACCACUCUGAUGGUAAUUCCAUCAAAUCGACCACCUCCACCACCACAGCCCGUCAAGAUGUUUACGGGUGUUCGGCGGCGUCCACCGUUGAAUCGAGCUUGUCCACCAAUACCAGAAAGCAAAAGUAAUGAAUCCAUUAUGAGUCAUGCUUCAAGAGUUUCAGAGUGGACGUUUUACAUCGCCUCGACGCCAACUCCAACAAUGUAA